CUCAGGGGGUCGAGCUGAACAAGUGGGGGUGGUGUGAGGAGCUCACCAGCCCGUUUCGAGCUGCAUGUUUCAGAUCGAGUUCGUCUGAGUGCUGUGAGAACCUCCCUGCUCUAUCGUGUGGUUCUCUGAUCUCUCGAGUGCUCCAGUGGAUGUCCACGGUAUUGAGCUGAACCUCGGUUUCUGUCCCCACAACGGAGCGAUGGCGCGCUGCGCGUUCUGGAGCGCGUUGUGUCUCUUCUUCAUGUCCUCCACCGGACUGUCUUUUGGUACCGGUUUCAUUUACCCGUUCUCAGGACUCACGCUGCAGCACGUGAGCUCAGAACAAAGCGUCGCUGGACCCCCGGCCGCAAGCAGCAACUCUCAGCGCAGGAACUGGUGCCAGUACACGGUAUCGAAAACGGUUACAUGCCAGGUGCAUAACGGCACGGAGACAACGGUUCAGAGGGUGUUCCAGGGAUGCCGAUGGCCAGGACACUGCUCUAAAGUCAUCAGUUACAGGGCUUUGAUCAGACCAUCGUAUAAGGUGGCCUAUCGACAGGUGACUGCGCUCGAAUGGAGGUGCUGUCCCGGCUUCCUGGGAAGUGACUGCAGUAUAGAAUGUAUGAACUGUACGAGUUACACUGGACUGAACUAUCGCCUUAACAUCCUCGAGAGUAAGAUCAAGUUGUUACAGGGUGCUGGAGCUCGUUCUCCGUCUAUCAAUACUCAGCCUGAGAGAUCAACAGACAACGAGGUAGAAACUCCAGAGCCCACUCCUAGGGGACCCCCACCUUUUUGGCAGCCAGGGACAAGGGGCCCUCCCGGGCCUUUAGGACCACCUGGUUUACCUGGUUCAUCAGGACCUCCUGGACCUGCAGGAGAGACAGGUGCUCCAGGCCUACCAGGACCCACAGGCCCUAAAGGGGAAAGAGGCUUUCCAGGUGAAAUUGGACUUCCAGGUCUGCCUGGUCCUCCUGGACAACCUGGUCUGCCCAACUCUAUUCCUCUACGAGGGGAUGUAUUUCAGGGUUUCAGUCCAGACGAAACAGCAGGUCGUAUAGGACCCCCAGGCCCACCUGGUCCUUCCGGCCCCCCAGGUCCUACCGGAGCGCCUGGCAUCCCAGGUUUACCUGGACGAGAUGCACUGAGGGGUAACCCAGGCCAAGCUGGAGAACCAGGACUUAAAGGAGACCGAGGUGAAAGGGGACCUCCAGGAUUAAUCGGGGAGCAAGGCUUGGCUGGUCCAACGGGUGCCAAGGGGCAGAAAGGCGAGCCAGGAGAGAGCCUACCUGACGGUGAAGGAGUUCAGCAGCUGAGAGAAGCUCUGAAGAUCCUGGCUGAGCGAGUGCUCAUUCUGGAGCACAUGAUUGGCAUCCACGAGAGCCCAUCGGAAGCCGGCUCCGGAAUUGACGGGCUUUCAGAUGCUCUCGGCUUACCAGCGAUGAAGAUCAAACGUGCCGAAUCAGUGCGUCUUCGUUCUCCUGCUCUCUCGGCCGUCCAGCAAAAGAGAGGGAGCGUUUGACAUUUACCCUGAGUGAUUUUUAAGUAGCUGUCAUUCAUCGCUGUUGUACCUGAUGUAGUGAAAGCAAACAGCACUAUUAAGAACUUUUCACCAUUUACAAGGAAAUUGUUUUUUUUUGCUGUACAGAUUUAACAUGGAAACCUUUUUUUUAUGAGAUUGAAAGUGUUUUUAUGUGUGUGUAUGUGUGUGUACUCUGUUUUUUUUGUUGUUGUUGUAGUUUAUAGACUACGCACAACCUGUCAUCUGGUUGUCUCUGCACUCCGCUCGUUCUUUCUCAUACCCAGUAAACACACACUCGUAGACAGGUCCGCACUACUACCUGGUGAUGUCUCGUCAGCGUCCUUCAGGCUUGUUCUCGGUUGCUGAGCUCGUUAAGGCUGCAGCGAGUUCGGGGAAGGAACAAAUGAGGCUCCGGACUGCUAGGCAGCUCCAAAUAAAACAUUGUCAAACAAGAAACAUCUGGAUCAGGUUCAAGGAAAGAAAAAAAAAAAGCAUCCCCGCCACCUAUUGUUUUGGUUGUGCAGUUCUGAAAACAGCUUGUUCGGAUUUGGUAGGAUGUUUUCUGUCAGCUAAAU